CCAUUCUAAGUAGUGUGGCGUCAGCCGCCACAGUGUCAAGACCAAAGUCUUAUUAUAAAAAACAUUUUACGCAUAAAUACAGAACUUUAUCGUGUUUGCAUAGCUAUUUGUUUACUUCCAAGUGACUUAUCAAGUAUUUAGUACCAGUGGCUGCGUUGAGAGUUGAUCGAUUUGUUUUUUAAAUUAAAAAGACAGUGAUUCUUUGCAAACAUUUUUAUUUUGACUGGAGGUCCCUUUUUGCCACUGCUGGAUAUAAGGUCUCGACGACUUGACAGCCGGUCGUUGCCGGCAGAGGCUGGCCCCGCCAAGGAUAGCUACAAUAUUGUCCAGAUCGAUUUAACCUGGUCACGCUGCUCUUGAAAUACCCACUUGUCACACCUCAAAAUGGUUAAUUACUACAUUUACGCAAAAGACUUUUCGGGAUCAACUGGAGGAGACAAGCACUAUCAUAGCAAUGGUUUAAAAACAUUAAACCAAUUUAAAAGUGACAAAGAAAAUAUAGAAAAAGAACUAUCGGCUGCCGGGGAGUCUCCUGAAUCUAAAAUUAUUUACUUACAUUGGGGAAGCAAAUGUUACGAAGUCGACGAAAACACAACUGUUAAGGCAUAUGAAGAGCUGCAAGAUGGGAACAUGGGUACUGAUCCGGGAACGAUUGUUGAAUGGAUCCAAACCAACCACAACAUCAAUGAUGGAAAUAAUAAAAUUAAGCUACUGUAUAUUGUUACUGAUGGCCAGAUUUUUCCAAAUGAAGCAAUGCGAUGCUUUAAACUAAAUGAAAGUAUGUAUUAUGAAAGAGUAGUUUUUCAUGCUUUUAAUAUAUGGGAAAAUAGAAUCGACCUUUCUGUAGCGGCGUCUUUUUUGAAAAACCAAUGUAUGGUAUAUCGUAAUUAUGAACUCUUGGAUAAUGUAAAUAUUUCCGAAGAAUACGACUAUGGUAAAGUUAACCUAGAUAAUUUCGUGGUUGAAAAAGAAAAUUUAAAAUCAUAUAUCAAAAUUAAAUAUAUCAAUACAUUCAAACACGAUGUGCUUGCUUUAGAAGAAAUAGAAAAGUUGAAGAAUUUGCGUAAUCGCCUGUUUGCAGAGUUGUCGUCUAAAUCACCGCAUCACAAUAGUGAUGAACGUAAUCUCAAUACAAAAGACAAAAAAAUAUUUUUGCGCGAAUUCGUUGAAACGGAUUGGUAUAAAAAUCUCAAUGCUACGAUUUAUAAUAUGAAAGUUGAGGUUGAAAAAGCAAUUACAACCUUGAUUAAUUACAUUGUCAGUGAAAAAAAAUCUUACUCGUUUGACGCAUUGAAAUUCGGUACUAAAUUUGAUAAUCUGAUUGAAGAAGAGCCGAUCGUAGACGUUAACUUUCCUGCUGAACAAGAAAUAGAAUUCCCCGAUAUUAUCCUAGAUGACGAAAAAGGUAUACCAGUUAUAUUAUUAACAGAAUUUAACAUGCUCAACAAACUUAUCUUUCACAUAACAAAUGAUUCAACUCAAGUAUCGCCUGCUAGUUUUAAUAAAUUUAAGUCCGUUAUGGAUUGUCCGUUAUAUUUGUUAAACGAUUCAGAUAUAAGUGAGUCUAUUGGAUACUUUUAUACUUUGAAUGUUUAUAAGCAGUUAUUGACAAACACUAAUAAGACAGAGCCGCGUACCCGGAGGCCGUUCCACGGCGGGCUAGUACUCAUAGACACUGAUGAAUUUGAUAAAUACAACGAUUAUAUUUUAGCGGCAACAUAUCUUGAUUUCAAAAAGAUAAAUUACAAUGUCGGUUUGUUUUAUUACAUUUUGUGGAAAAAUUGCGAGAAUAAGGAAUGGAUGGAUAGAAAUGUAGUUGAACAAUUUAAGAAAUAUGCCAUGAAGCGUAUUAGUAGGACUGUGUGUAAAAUAGGGCUAUCAGGAUUACCACUGGACCCGACACAUGUAACGUCCCUACCGACUGCCUUGUGGUACUGCGUGGAAUUAUCAUCAAUCUUAUUCAAAAACGAUCCUAUAAAUUUCAAUCACGAACGCUUAAGGAUGUAUUACGGCGUGGCGGAUUACAUGAUCGAAAUAUUAAAGUAUCUUGAUUACGAUUUAGAUAUGGAGAGUAUUGAAAAACGUAAAGAUGUAAUAAGGCAUGUAAUGAUUUUGAAAAGAAUUCCAACUGACAGGGAAAAGCUGUAUUAUUUAAUAGAGAGAAUAUUCAAAAAAGUAAAUGGGUUUCUAAUUUCUGAGAUUGAAAACCCGUGUAACAUAAUUAAACUUACUUACUUAAACUUGGAUCACAAAACUAUGAUCGGUGAUGAUGCUUUUAAUGAUGAUGAAGUUGUUCAUCUUAAUGACUACGUGCACUUGUUGUAUUUUAUUCAUGAUGACACUAAAGUGGGCAUAAAUGAAAAAACCUUCCGACCCUUUUUCACAAUUGACAAUAACAAAUCAUUUUACGCGGAAUUAUUUAAGGUUACAAAAAAUGCAGUUAUAAAUAACGAUAGCGAUACAGAUAAAAUAAAUAUAACUUACAAUGCCAUUGAUUCGCUUGAGUUUGACAGACUUUUGUCCUUAUACAAUCUGUUUAUUAAAUGCGUCACAGACUCCGACAAAUAUCCCACCUUGGAUGAAUACACCGAAUACAUUUUAAAGAGAAAAAAAUAUCACGGAGAUUUGAUAAAUAUUUUCCCACCUAAUGUAAUUAAGCAAAUUGAUGAAGUGUAUUCGCUAUACCAGCAUAUUAUAACAAAAGUCGACUUUAAUGAAUUUAUAAAUGUCUGCAAAACUUAUGUAAGUCGAAUCCAACGAGUUAAAAAAGAAGGAAUCAUUAAAUUCAGUAACGAUAAAGAAAUUGAAGAGUUUAUUUCUAGUGAGGAACGUGAAGUUAAUUUGAAAAAGUGCGGGCCCAAACCACGGAUAAAGAGACCGAAUCAAAACAAAACUUAGGUAAAAACCGUGAUACGCAGCGAAACUAUAAAAAACUUCAAUUCGGGCCUCAUGGCCAUUCUAUAUCUAAUCCUAAAAAUAUUUACAAAAAAAUUGACCAGUUGCCUGAGAAAAGGGUUACUUAUUUAUUUUAAAAUUUCAAAACUUUUAGAACAAAUUUCUAUAGUAAAAUAGUACAUUACUGAAUGAAAUAAAUAGGUAAUGAAAAAACACCCUUUCCAAGUUACUUCUUUAAAAACUAUUCUCAAAGCCUAGCCUUUGUGGGUGCAAUUUCCAAAUCGCUUUUAUAAUAUUCAACAAUAAAAGAAAAGUCUUUUAAAAUUUAAAGUAUUAACAUGUAAUAAGUAUCUUCUAAAUUAUUGGGCAACAGAGCGUAUUCCAAUGUUAUAACAAUUAAAACACGACCGAACGAAGUGUUUUAAAUCGAC